AUGGGGACGCACACGAUACCACCAGCUAGUACGACAACGUACCUGGUACCGCCAGCUAGGAACAUGGAAACACACACGAUACCACCAGUUAGCACGAAAACGUACCUGGUACAGCCAGCCGGAAACAUGGGGACGCACACCAUACCACCAGCCAGCACGACAAUGCGCCUGGCAUCGCCAGCUAGAAACAUUGGGACGCACACGAUACCACAAGUUAGCACGACAAUGCCCCUGGUACCGCCAUCUAGAAACAUUGAGACGCACACGAUACCACUAGCUGGAACGAUAAUAAACCUGGUACCACCAACCGGACACAUGGGGACGCAUACGAUACCACUAGCUAGCACGACAACAUACCCGGUAGGGCCAGUCAGUAACAUGGGGACGCACAUGAUACCACUAGCUAGCACGACAACGUACCUGGUACCACCAGCUCGAAACAGAGGGACGGAAACGAUACCACUAGCUAGCAUGACAAUGUACCUGGUCCCGCCAGCCAGAAACAUGGGGACGCACGCGAUACCAUUAGCAAGCACGACAACGUACCUGGUACAACCAGUCAGAAACAUGGGGACGCACACGAUACCACCAGUUAGCACGACAAUGCGCCUGGUAGAGCUAGCUAGAAACAUGGGGACGCACACGAUACCACCAGUUAGCACGAUGAUGUGCCUGGUUCCGUCAGUUUAA